GAUGGCUACGAUAAACAAGAAAUUGUUCUUUUUGAUAAGUGGUAUUCAGUGCUUGAUUGGAAUGAUGUUGUUAAAUAUUUGAACGAUACUCCAGAAAAUGUUGAGCAAAAAGGCAAGACAUUUGUGUCUUUUCUUGCCAAGUAUGUCUUUAUGACAUUUUACAAACUACCAGAAGAAGCUUUUAAUUUUCAUCGAUUUAGAGGCAUGUGGCAUGAUGAGCUAGAUCAGCACACCACCGAGCUCAUAUUUCACAAAGGCUCAGAGGAAGAUUUCCGCAACAUGCGUUGGGAUGUUAAAUAUGAUGAGGGCGA